AUGGGGCCGACCAACGGGACCUCCUGGAGGGGUUUUGUCUUCCUGGGCUUCUCCAGCUUUGGAGAGCUGCAACUCCUGCUUUUUGCCUUGUUCCUCUCUCUAUAUGUCAUCACCCUGACCAGCAAUGUCUUCAUUAUUGUAGUCAUUCGGCUGGACAGCCAUCUGCACACCCCCAUGUACCUCUUCCUUUCCUUUCUAUCCUUCUCCGAGACCUGCUACACUUUGGGCAUCAUCCCUAGGAUGCUCUCUGGCCUGGCAAUGGGGAACCAGACUAUCUCCUAUGUGGGCUGUGCUGCCCAGAUGUUCUUCUCUGCCUCCUGGGCCUGUACCAACUGCUUCCUCCUGGCUGUCAUGGGCUUCGACAGAUAUGUGGCCAUCUGUUUUCCACUGCACUAUGCCAGUCGCAUGAAUCCUGCCCUCUGUGGCCAGCUGAUUGGUACCUCCUUCCUGAGUGGAUAUUUCUUUGGACUGGGAAUGACGUUGGUAAUUUUCCGCCUCUCAUUCUGCAGCUCCCAUGAGAUCCAGCACUUUUUCUGUGAUACCCCACCAGUACUGAGCCUAGCUUGUGGGGAUACAGGACUGAGUGAGCUGGGGAUCCUCAUUCUCAGCCUUCUGGUCCUCCUGGUUUCCUUCUUCUUCAUCACCAUCUCCUACGCCUACAUCCUGGCAGCGAUCCUGAGGAUCCCUUCUGCCGAGGGGCGGAAGAAGGCCUUCUCUACCUGCGCCUCACACUUCACCGUGGUCAUUAUUCACUAUGGUUGUGCUUCCUUCAUGUACCUGAGGCCCAAAGCCAGCUACUCCCUGGAGCGAGAUCAGCUCAUUGCUGUCACCUAUACUGUGGUGACCCCUCUCCUCAACCCCAUUGUAUAUAGUCUAAGGAAUCGGGCUGUGCAGGCAGCUCUAAGAAAUGCUUUCCAAGGGAGGCUGCUGGGUAAAGGGUGA